AUGGCCUCAACGUCAAAGGCUCAGAUGGAGCUCAACCCCCGCGGUAUCCCUCGUGCUCCCUUCGUCGACAAUGUCGAGGAGUACGUGGGCGGCAAGGACGCCGAGAUCGACGGUGUGAUCAAGAAGUUCCAGGAGACCUCUGCAAAGUACCGGUACAUGGAGCUGAAUCUGCAGCAGCGGCGUAAGGCUCUGCUGGUCAAGAUUCCCGAUAUGGAGCAGACGCUUUCGGUCGUCACCUUCCUCGAUGGGCGGCGGCGAAAGGCUCUCGGCGAGGUUGAGGAGGACAAGGACGAGAUGGACGACGACGACGACGACAUUGACGCACUACUUGAUGGCGAGGAGGAUGAGGAGGACAAGGACAAGCCCCUGACGACGCUGUUUGAACUUAACGACACGUUGUAUGCCGAGGCGCAGGUUCGGGAGACCGGCGAGGUUGGGCUGUGGCUCGGGGCAAACACCAUGCUGAUUUACCCCCUUGCGGAGGCGGCCGAGCUGCUAAGCAGCAAGCUGGCGGGCGCGAAGAAGAACAUGAUCGAGGUUGUCGAGGACCUCGAGUGGAUCCGCGAGCAGGUGACCGUCAUGGAGGUCAACUUUGCGCGUGUGCACAACUGGGACGUCAAGCGCCGCCGUGACCGCAAGACGACUGAGUCGCACCUGAAGACGAAGGGCGACGACAGCGACGACGAGAAGUAG